AUGGUUACCAAAAUAUGGAGCAGCUGCAUGCCGAAACCGAGCAGCUCACCGAACCGCGUCGAACGGCAUCACUUCUAUCUGUGCCAGUGGCAAAGCAGCACCCAGGUCGGUAUAUGCUACCUGCUGUACCGGCUGAUAGUGGCCAUCGUGUUCCUGGCGAUGCUCGUCUGCUCCGUGCUGGACAUCGGCCGGUCGGAACCGAUGUUCGAGCACCACUACGCCAAAUGGUGGAUCUACCUGACGCACUGGGCCCUGAUAGCGUGCACCAUCCAGGCCUGGCUGGCCGCCAUCAUCGUCACCAAAGGGCUGAUGAUCGACCGGAAUGAGUUUGAGUGGAACAUCCACGUCGCACGGGAAAGUCGGCUGCAUUCGGUCUACUGGAUUGCGUACACGAUUGCGACCGUCUACUCGUUCAUCGUCACCAUCGUUUACUGGACGUUCGUGUACGACCCAAGUAAAAACCGCGUCGAUGCCGUAAAUCUCAUGGUGCACGUGCUCAACUCCAUCAUUAUGCUAAUUGACCUGACCAUCGUCGGACAUCCGAUCAAGCUGAACCACGCGUACUGGACGACCGGCAUCGGGGUGGCAUAUGCGCUCUUCUCCAUCAUCUAUUACUUGGCCGGCGGAACGGACAGACACAACGACUCCAGCAUCUACAAGAUGCUCGACUGGACGAAGCCGGGCAAAUCGAUCGUCAUCUGUGCGCUCGGCAUCUUCGCCGUGUUCCUGAUGCACUUCCUGUGCUACUGCCUGUACUGCCUGCGAGUGUGGCUGUACGCGCGUGUCUGCGUCCAGGGCAAUAGCAGCAAGUCGAGCAGCAACGAGAAGAUCACCUCGAUCACGCGAACUCUCUCCUCGAUGGAAGAGGCGCAGCGGGAGAACUUCCUCAAUCCAACAGCCGUCGUCGAUCUGAAAGAAUCGCGCCACGACGGAAGGGGCUUGCGUCAGGUGGCUUCACUGCGCUAAUAGCACCUUUGCUCGACCAAUGUCUCCCCAGAGUUAACAGCGAUAUCCCGUGUGUGCAUGUGCGCUCGUGUGCAUGUGCAUUUGCAUCGUGAUUCGGUUUUCGUUUUUUUUUACGCUUUUUGUUCUCGUUUGAUGUUGGCAACAUUUUGGGGGAAAAAAAACCCUCCGGGAGAACGGUAUUCGGCCAGAGAAAGAAGUGUUUCGGUGUGCCGAACGCGCCCAGGAGCCAGGAAGCCAACGUGUCCAACGGUUUGGGUGCCAGCCCAGGGUCGAUCGCAUGGAUGCACAUUUUUGCGUUCGAUUGCGACCCAUUUCGGGGCACCCGAUUUCAAUACUCGCAUUUAACGAUAUAGGUUUCUCGUUCGUUCAGUCAUCGUACUAGUUUAGGUUAGCGUUUUAGUUUAGCGUCGAUUGUCGUGGUGCGGGAAACUGCCGGAAAAGCUCCCGCCAGUACGCAUUUUCCCCACGUGCGCCGGCCCACAAGCACCGCGAAGCGUUCGUGUUUGGAUGUGCGGCGUGGUUUUGUUCCUAAUAAUCGUAGUGCUGCCCGUAUGGGUUGCAGCGUAAGCGUUCGUACCGUUUCCUCUAUCACGUCCCCUUUCGAAGAUCCCUUCACCCACGCACCUUCCGGCCUCCCCGGUUCACCUUCCCCCGUCCUAGAACUGUCCGCAGGGUUCGUUCACAGUAGCAUCUCUUUUCCCGUAAUCGUAUUAUAAACGCAAAGAGACACAAAAUGACACACAAAAAAAAGAUUUGAAAAAAAAAUUGAAAAAGAAAACAAAGCGUUAAAAAAACAUAAACACACACACACACACAGAGACAGAGACACAAAAAGCAUCACCGAUUCGUGCGCCUACCGCUCGAAACCACUGACAUCACUCACGAAAUGUUAGAACUAGCGUAUAAAGUUAAUAUUUGCUCACAAAACGUUUUUUCGUCGGUGAACGGUGGCGAGGGAUUACAAAACGAAACCAAAUACAUACCCACUCACACACACACACACACGCACACAGAACAAUGCAAGUUGAAAGUAAACAAAAAAAAACACUCACAUAAGUAACAAAAAACACACAAUGUUGGAUCCCGUAAGAAUGCGUCUUUAAAGUACAGUCGUUGAUUCUAGAAAUAUAUUUGAAGACAUAAAACAAGUAUCAUAGUAAAAGGAACAAAACAAAAAGACAAAAUGAUUAGAUUGUUUGGUAGGAAGGAAGUGGAGGGCUGGUAAGAUGUAGGGGCAAUAAGAGUUAAAAAAAAACUCGUAUAUGAAGGCAAGACGUUGGUUCGCUUCUGCAAUAGUCUGCAAAACGGAAAACUGGUGAUAUUCUCAACUGUUACGAGGGAGAGCCCGAUCCCGUGCGUAAGUUUUAGCGUUAACAAUGUCCCGAAAAGGGCCACACCAUUGAUAGCAUUGACGGAUCGGAGAGGCAGGCGCCAUCUGGAGAUUCAAACGCAGAUUGAAUGCAUUUUAAUGGGGCGUAGAAAUUCUGUAACAGACAAACGUGCGAGAAUGGUACAACAUAAACGAGAGAGACCGAGAGAGAGUGCGGGAGUGAGCAAUCAAAACUAAACAAGUGAGGGGAAAGCAAACAACCAAACAAAGAAACAAACAUUCCAUUUAUAAGUUGAUUGGUUUGUCUAGAGUAAAGCGAAAGCAAAGUAUAUAAAAAUCAUGUUCA